AUGAAGGCCAUCAAAGUAGUUGAGGCCGGCAAAGCUGAGGUUCAGGAUGUCAAGGUGCCUGAGCUGAAGGAUGAACAUCUUCUGGUCAAGAUUCGUUAUGCGGCGUUGAAUCCGACGGACUGGAAACAUAUCGAUUACAUCCCACACGUGGGCUCCACCGUUGGGUGCGACUGGAUGGGCACGAUCGAAGAAGUCGGCCCCAACGUCAACGGCAGCUGGAAGAAAGGUGACCGUGUCGCCGGUGUCGUCCAGGGAUGCAACGCCUUCAAUCUCGAAGAUGGAGCGUUCGCCGAGUGCGCCCUCAUGAAGGAGGGCAACCUGUUCAAAGUUCCAGAGAACGUUGGCGAUGAAGAAGCUUCCACGGUCGGUGUUGCGUUUGCCACUGUUGGACUGGGACUGUAUCAGACGCUCGGUCUGCCGUGGCCGGGUUCUGUGCCGGCUGAGUGCUUCGUCCUGGUGUAUGGAGGAUCGUCCGCUACUGGGAGUAUUGCUAUCCAGUUCGCCAAGCUAUCCGGAGCAAAGGUUGUGACCACUUGCUCCAAGAAGAACUUUGAUUUUGUCAAAUCGCUCGGGGCGGACGAAGCGUUCGACUACAACGAUCCCGAGUGUGCUGAAAAGAUCCGCAAAUACACCAACGACAGCCUCCACACCGUUCUGGAUUGCAUCGGCGGCGACACGGGCAGCAAAGUCAGCACCGGGUCCAUCUCAUCCAAAGGCGGCCAGAUCUGCUCCAUAGUUCCAGGAACCGAAUACAAUCGGAAGGAUGUGCGCGCGGUGCCUCUCCUGGCGUACAAGAUCCGAGGCGAGCCGUGGAAGCUGCUUGAAGAUAUGCCUGCCACGGUGGAGGACUACCAGUUCGGGCAGAUCUUCUUCCGUUUGGCGGUGAAGCUACUGGGCGAGGGUAAGGUUAAGGUCCACCCACCGCGGGUUGGCAAGGGCCUUGAAGGAGCGCUGGAUGGUCUGGAUGAGAUGCGGCAGGGAAAGGUCAGUGGCCAGAAGCUGGUGUACAGUAUCGGCGCAUAG